UUUAAGCGACGACACUUUCCAGCCAUUUUAGCGGCCGGAACAAUGGAACGGAAUUUCAAACCAACAGAAUUGAUAUCCGUUUUACUACUGUAUGUUUAUGUGGCGGACGGAUUUCGAAUAGCAGUAGCAAAAGGUGCCUCAGGAGAUGGAGUAAAAAGUGAGGGCAGAAGGCUCAAAGCAUCUGGAUUAGAGGAGGAAAGAUUAAAGAAAGCAUUGAAGGCAAUCGACUAUGAUGCACAUCCUGUUUUGGAGCACCAGGGGCAAAAUAUGGAAACUUUGAAAAAAGCUUUACGUUCCGUCGAAGACGAUGAACAAGAAGAGCGAUGGAUUAGAGACAUUGAAUCAGCUUUGAAAUCAAUUGAAAGAGAGACAGCAUAUCAUGAGAGCAGAAAACGUACAAAGAUAGAGAAAGUUUUGGCUUCAGUAGAGGCACACACAAAGCAAGCCAUGUCGUCUAUGAACGCUAUUACAAAUGAUAUUUCAAAGAAAGAAAAAAAUGGCUUAGAACUAUCUCUUCCUUUCGGUACCAACGCUACACGUCAAGAGGGACGGACCAUAAGCCUUCAGACCAACGGGAAACAAACAAAACGAGUCUUUAUUCCAAAGGGAUGGAUGUUUUGCACCAUAGCACCUCCAAAGUGUUACUCGUCGCUGAGGAAGAAAAGAAACAUUAGUAAAAGGCACACUACUCUAUCCGUUGCAAGACAAGCAGUUUCAUCGUGAGAAGUGCUUUGGUGAAGAACAGCUGGUGUUGUUGUCUUUAUCCUUUGAAUACUCAUGUUAUCUCAUUGAACUCCGGAGUGUUCUGUUCACCUUCAUCUGCUGUAUUUCUGUUAUAGACCUCUUGAAAUACCCUUGAAUCACUGUUCUACCACAUGCUGCAAUUUGUGCAAGAGCUAAGAAUAUGAUAAAAUUUAUUAAAUACCAUUUCAGAGAAAUUAACUAAACGAAAUUAAUAAGACAAAUACUCGUCUUAAUAAUAUGUAUGCUGAAAUAAUUGUAAUAGGAAUUGCGAGAAAGCCGCCAGCAAUUUCUGCCUUCAAAGACAUGCUUUUGCUCUGCCAGUCUAGUUUCCAGAAGGCGUUAUCCGAUCUUUCAGAAGAGCAGGAAUCAUAACUCCCCUGUAAACUAUGCACGUUAUUUCUAACUUUCACAUUUUAGUACCCAUUAGCAUCGAAAUAAAUUUACUUAAGAAGCGGUUCUUCUAGCACAGGACGAAAUCACAUGUUUCCGUAUUUCUGAAACGUGGCGGAAACAUGCAACUCCAUGUUUCCGUUAUGUUUAACAUGCACAAAAAGUGGUCCGGUUCCGUUGUAUACGCAGCAACGGAAACGCGAGAAAACGUCACGAAACCAGUAACGGAAACACAGGUUAUCCGUCGUGUUUCCAGAACGGUUUAACAUGUUUCUGCCACGUUUCCGUUUACGGAUUCUUGCAAUUUCGUCCUGUGUA